GAGAGGUGCGACGGCUCUGCCACAUCACACGGCAAGGUUUUCUGACAUCUCGUGACUCGUUUUCGCCAUGCGUGAGGCCAUCUGCAUUCACAUCGGUCAGGGCGGUGUCCAGAUUGGCAAUGCAUGCUGGGAGCUUUUCUGUUUGGAGCAUGGCAUCCAACCGGAUGGCCAGAUGCCCAGUGACAAGACCAUUGGUGGUGGCGAUGAUGCGUUCAACACGUUCUUUUCAGAGACUGGUGCAGGAAAACACGUGCCUCGAUGCGUCAUGGUGGACCUCGAGCCCACAGUCGUUGAUGAGGUGCGCACUGGCACUUACCGUCAGCUCUUUCAUCCAGAACAAUUGAUCUCCGGAAAAGAGGACGCAGCCAACAAUUUUGCACGCGGGCACUAUACGAUUGGCAAGGAGAUUGUUGAUUUGGUCCUGGAUCGCAUUCGUAAACUUGCUGACAACUGCACUGGAUUGCAGGGUUUCUGCGUGUACAACGCGUGCGGUGGCGGCACUGGAUCCGGCUUGGGCUGCUUGAUGUUGGAGCGUUUAUCCGUGGACUAUGGAAAGAAGAGCAAGAUCUCUUUCACCGUGUGGUGCUGCCCACAAGUAGCAACGGCCGUCGUCGAACCGUACAACACUGUGUUGUGCGUGCAUUCGCUGUUGGAGCACACCGACGUGACCAUCAUGUACGACAAUGAAGCACUUUACGACAUUUGUCGCAGGAACUUGGAUAUCGAACGCCCAACCUACACCAAUUUGAACAGGUUGAUCGCCCAAAUCAUCUCCAGUCUCACGGCGUCCCUGCGCUUCGAUGGAGCAUUGAACGUGGACAUCACCGAGUUCCAGACAAAUUUGGUGCCUUAUCCGCGCAUCCACUUCAUGUUGACCUCCUAUGCUCCAGUGAUCUCUGCCGAGAAGGCCUAUCAUGAGCAGCUCUCUGUGGCAGAGAUCACCAUGUCUGUCUUCGAGCCAGCUUCCAUGAUGGUGAAGUGCGAUCCGCGUCAUGGCAAAUACAUGGCCUGCUGCAUGAUGUAUCGUGGCGAUGUGGUGCCAAAGGAUGUGAAUGCGGCAGUGGCCACGAUCAAGACCAAGCGCACCAUCCAGUUCGUGGAUUGGUGCCCCACUGGCUUCAAGUGCGGCAUCAACUAUCAGCCACCUACUGUGGUUCCGGGAGGCGAUCUGGCCAAGGUCAUGCGCGCCUGCUGCAUGAUCUCCAAUUCCACGGCCAUUGCGGAGGUCUUCUCGCGUAUUGACCACAAGUUUGACCUCAUGUAUUCGAAACGUGCCUUUGUCCAUCACUAUGUCGGCGAGGGCAUGGAAGAGGGUGAGUUCUCCGAAGCUCGUGAGGACUUGGCGGCCCUCGAGAAAGAUUACGAAGAGGUCGGCAUCGAAACCGCUGAAGGCGAAGGCGAAGAAGAAUGCUAUGGCGACGAGUUCUAAACCACAGGUGAAAUCCACUUGUGAUAUAUUCAGGAACAUGAGCGUGCGCGCCACGCGCUCAUGCAGCUGAGUUGUGUGCAUGGAAAAAA